AUGAUGCUCGGCGGUUAUGAGGCUCAACCGGAUUACUAUCCACAGUGGCAUCAACCAUAUAAUUACAUUACGCAGUUACCUUAUGGUCCAGGAAAUGUUCCUGACGCGGACAGCCAAUCGACGUAUUGGGGUGCGGAUUCCGGUAUCUCCGGGGGUAGUUCCGGCGCCGGCAGUCCAACCGCCUCAACGCCACCCUUAAUCGAAGAGAUUGGCGUCCAGGAGCACGGCUACUCCCCCUUGCAACAGUACUCUCAUCCCUCGAUAAACCAACACUAUAACCAUUUGGUUUACCCGCAACAAGAUCUCUCCCUAAAUCCGAACCAUCAUCACCAUCAACAGCAGCAGCAGGACCACAGAAGGGAUGAUUACGCUGCUGUCUCGUCGAUGAGUCAACCCGACGGACACCUACCGCUACACCUGAGACAAGGAGCUAGGGACGGCGGUGUGGUUAUCAGACCCAAGAGGAGAAACACGGCGAAUAAGAAGGAGAGAAGACGGACGCAGAGCAUCAACAACGCGUUCGCUGAUCUCAGGGAUUGCAUACCGAACGUCCCGGCGGAUACCAAGUUGUCGAAGAUUAAGACGCUCAGGCUGGCGGCUUCUUAUAUUGGGUAUUUGAUGGCAGUGCUAGAGAGCGAUGAGGGCGAAGAACCGCAGACUUUCCGUGCCGAAAUCCUGUCGACCGGGAGAAGGAACAAGACGGCUCAGGCAAAUCAAAACGAAUCGUGUUUGCACCAGUCGUCAGGUAUCUCGGAAGAAUCGCCGAAGAGCAAGGGACGAACCGGAUGGCCGCAACACAUGUGGGCCCUUGAAUUGAAGCAAGAGUCACCUACGAACCAGAUGCAAUGAAUCCCUAGCUAGAUCUAUUUCCGACUAAC